AUGGCCGACAAACUCCGCACUCUCCAAAACCUCGAGGCCCUUCAAGUCCGCUACGUCGGUACUGGACACGCCGACACGACCAAGUACGAAUGGACCUCAAACAUUGUUCGCGACAGCUACGCUUCGUAUAUCGGACACCCCCCUUUACUCGGCUACAUGGCGAUUGGAAUGGGUGAGCCAAAAGAGAAAGUGCGGGCAAUGAUGAUUGAGAAGAUGAUACGAGGCGCAGGGAAUCCGCCGGAGGUCUUGCGGGGUAAAUAG